CCUGGGUCCCCCCCCAUGGGGAUGGUUUACAGGGCCACCCUGAGUCCCCACACCCACAGUGUCCAGGGGCACAGGAACCAGCCUGCGUGGUUGGCGGGCUCUGUGGUAAAUGGGCGGGGGGAGCGGGCCGGACAAGACCCACGGCGCGGGGCUGGCCCAGGCUACUUCCUGUCUUUGUUGUCCCCGUGUUUUCUUUUCCUUCUGAGAUUUAACUUGAAGACCACGUCACUGGCAGGCCUGGAGUCACUUGCUGCCUGCGCCUGCCCGGCCGCUGACAUGAUCCUGGCUCUGCUGCUUGGCCUCGGGGGGCCCCUGGGCUGGGGGCUGCUGGGGGCUGGGGCCCAGGCUCCUGGCAGCACCUUCUCCUACCCCCACAUCCCCAGGCCCCCGGGGCCCCUGGGAACUGAGGCUGAGGAUGGCACCAGGGGACCCAGUGGAAGUAACUGGUGCCUUUACCAGAUGUCCAGGAUGGUCACCUUUGUAGCCGCCUGCAAAAAGGAGAGAUUCCUGGUCCACUCACAGCAGCCAUGUCCACCAGGGGCUCCGGACUGCCCAAGAGACAGAGUCAUGUACCGCAUGAUCCACAAGCCAAUGUACCGGCUCCAGCAGAGGGUCCUGACUGCCCCGGCCUGGAGGUGCUGCCGGGGCUUCCAGGGCCCCAACUGUGAGCUCCACGACCCCGUGGUGAGCGCCACGCCUGCAGAGCCGGGUGACAGCCUCCCACAGCCUUGGGACAAGCCGGCCAGCUUUGGACUCGUCCACCCUGCUGCAGAGCUCAGGGAGGCUGAGGGGAGCCUGGCACGAGACCUCCAGAAUGACAUCCACCAGGUGGCUGACGGCCUCCCAGGACCCUGGGCCACCUCGGCUACAGGGGACCUCACAGUGGGGGCCAUGGAGGAGACAGAGAUGGAGUCGGACUUCCCUGACAGGGCCCUGGAACAGGUGCCACCGCUGCACGUGGAUGCCUUCCUGCAAGAGCACAUCAGCCCCAUCUGGAGGAGCGUCAACGAGAGCCUGCGCAGCCUCUCCCAGGCAGUGUGGAACCUGUCCCUCGACCUGGAGGCUAACCGGCAGGCUCUCCAGCGUGUCCAGGCCAGCUCUGUGGCCAGCCCCGACUUACAGGAGCUCGGUGCCAAGUUCGAGGCCAAGGUUCAGGAGCACAGCCGGCACAUGGAUCAGCUGCGGCAGGACCUGGAGGGCCACCUGGAAGCCCAGCACCGGUCCCUGCACCGGGCCCUCGCAGAGGUCCAGGCAGAGAUGAACGCCAAGUUUAAGAGGCUGCUCAAGGCCCAGGAGCCCCUGGGGACCAAUGGUAGCCAGGUCGGGGCAGCCGCAAGACCAGAGCCUGAGAGCCUGCAGGCCAGGUUGGGCCAGCUGCAGCGAAACCUCUCUGAGCUGCACACAGCCUGCAGCUACAAGGAGGAGGAGCUGCAGGAGGCCUUCGGCGAUGUAAGGGCCACCCUGGUCCAGCACACGCACGAAAUCAAGGAGCUGUACUCGGAGUCGGACGAGACCUUUGACCAGAUCAGCAAUGUGGAGCGGCUGGUGGAGGAGCUGCAAGUGAACCACACAGGGCUGCGUGAGCUGCGUGUGGACCUCAUGGAGAAGUCCCUGAUCAUGGAGGAGAUCAAGGAGGAGCUGGAGCGGAGGCUGCAGGAGCUCAACGUCACCCUGCAGCAGCUGCAGAGCAGCCACGCCAGGUACCUCAAGGACUGCAGCUGCCCAAAGCUCUCCUCGGACCCGGACGCUGCGCGUGCCCAGGAGGAGAAGCCUGGGCCGCUGGACUCGCAGGACGACUCCUCCCUGUGGGCUCUGCGCGCCACCGUGGAGACUGCGUUGAGCACCAUGGACGUGCUCGAGGCCAAGCACGAGCGCGCGUGGGCGGAGAGGGCACGGCUUCGGGGCCGCGUGCAGGCACUGGACAGCGAGGUGCGCGCACUGCGGGUGGCCGUGGAGGACACGCAGCGCGACGCGCGCCAGCUGCACAGCUCCUUCGCGGCGCUGCUGCAGGACGGGCUGCGCCACGAGGCCGCGCUGGCCUCGCUCUUCGGCGAGGAGGCGCUGGAGGAGCUGUCGGAGGGUGCGCCCGGCCCGCUGCCCCUGCGCUACGGGCAGGUCCUCGAGGCGCUGCGGGACGCAGCCCGCGGGCUGCAGGAGCAGGCGCUCGGCUGGCACGCGCUGGACGCGCGCGUGGCGGCCCUGGAGCGCGCGCCGGGGCCAGAGGAGACCACACCGGGUUGCGAGGCCUCCUGCGUUGCCAAAUUCAAUGGCUCCCUGCAGGGUCUCCAGGGUGCACUCUCCGCCACCCAGCGGGACCUGGAGCGGCAGCGGAGGCUCUUCCACGCCCUCUUUGGCAAUUUCCGAGGGCUCCUGGCCACCAACGUCAGUCUAGACCUGGGCAAGCUGCAGGCCAUGCUGGACAGGAAGGGGAAGAAGCAACAGAAGGAGCCGGCGGCCCAGAGAAGGGACAAAGAGCGGGAGCUGGAGCAACGGGCCCCGGGCGCAGGAACCUGGCGGCCAGGCUCCCCUGUGGCCUUCUACGCCAGCCUCUCCGAUGGCACAGGGACAGCCGCCCCGCAGACAGUGAAGUUCAACACUACAAGUGUCAACCUCGGCAACAGCUACUUUCCCGAACACGGCUACUUCCGGGCCCCUGAGCGGGGCAUCUACCUGUUUGCAGUGAGCGUGGAAUUUGGCCCCGGCCCCGGCACGGGGCAGCUGGUGAUUGGGGGUCACCAUCAGACACCCGUGUGCACCACGGAGCAGAGAGCCGGGGGCACGGCCACCACCUUCGCCAUGGCUGAGCUGCAGCAGGGGGAGAGAGUGUGGUUCGAGCUGACGCAGGGCACGGUAGCCAAGAGAAGCCCCGCGGGCACUGCAUUCGGGGGCUUCCUGAUGUUCACCACCUGAGCCCACUCGGCUGUCCUCAGACGUCGAGGACUUCCUGUCCCUUGGUCCAGAGCACCUGGCUCCUACCCGGGAACCUUCACAGAGACGUGGUGCUCAGUGUGUGCCCCAUGCGUGGGCCGGGACUGCCCUCUGAGGGGACACGACAGGCACACUGCUCUCUGGUCUGCCCGAUCCCUGCCCACGUGGCUCGACCCGCAUCUGCUGCCCCCUGCAUCCUACAGCUUCGGGGUUUUGCUCUCCUCCUGUGGUUGGAAACUUCUGUACGACAUUGCAAACCCUCCUUCCUCUUCAUCUUCUCCCCAAGUGGCUGCUAGAAGGAAAAGUUUCAAGAGGAGCCCUUGGGCUGGGGUGUUGCACGUGCAAGGCCCCAGGUGGGAUCCCCAAAACUGAAGAGAAAUGCAGGUGACAUCUGAGCUAAAAUUCCAAAACAGUCACAAGUGACUAGCACAGUAGGCUAAAACCCACCCUCUGGUCUCUUAGAAAUGGAGCAAGGGCCUGCUUGAGUUGACCAAGGGAAAUAAAAUGAGUAUCUUUUCUUUAGUCUCAGCCACUCCCAUCUUUAUCUGAAUAUAUAAUUUCAUCUCUUUUUUCUCCUUGAGUUGUUCAGGAAAACACCAGGACCUGACUAAAGUGUGUUUAUCUGUCCCUGGUUCCACCUCCUCCAUGCUUAGACUUCCUGUCCCUGUCCCCAGCCAGGAAGGGAGCAGGGAGGGAGGAAAGCCUCAGUGAGGACCACCCUUGGAAUGAAGUGACAGCCUGCAGAUUGCUGCCAUGCCUACUGCCCGCGAGCAAAACCGUCCCGUGUGAUGCAUAGACAUGUAGCAUGGAAUGAAACUAUUUGGGGUAAAUGUGCCUCAGUAUCUCCAGCCACACUUGACAUCCACAGUUUCAGUCAACUCUGCGUGAGGUAUCCAAGUGCCUUCACUUGGCAGUCACAUUGAUUGUAGUGAGUGAGUCAGAGUAACAGUCAUCCCUGUGAUAUCAUCUUGUGUGUUCAGGCACUUUCUCAUCCCUAGGACCAAGUACCCAACAGCCACAGACUGAAUGGAGCAGGAGUUUCUUUUGGGUCACACUUUCCACUGGUUCAUUACAUGGUCAGAUACCUCCAAGGCAGACGGAUGGGCCUGGCGGAGGAAGCUGCUCGUCUCAUGGCAGCCAGGAAGCAGAGAGGGAGGGGAGGAGCUAAGGAUGACUCUACCCUUCCGGGUCACACCCUCCUGACCACCACCUGCAACCAGGCCUUACCUCCUCACAAUUCAGCUAUGAACUCCUCCAUGGAUGAAUCUACUGAAGAGUGUAGCACCCCAUGAGCCACUCACCUUCACAUGCAUGGACUUGGGGACAUUUUAGAUCUAAACCAUAGCAACAUGCUUUAAAAAAAAAUUUCAGAUCCUAGAGCAAACAUGCUUGAGAAAGCAGUCAUCUAGCCAUCAGGAAAUAAAGUGGGUCUUGAGCAGUAUAGUAUACUCCCUUGAAGUUGUGAUUCAGAGUUCAAAGCCUCAGUCAUUCACAGAUUUUCCCUUAGACCCUAACUAAUAAUUGUUCUCAGAACCACCCCCGCUGCACUUUGACAAAAACUGCAAUAUCCUCCACAAUUGUUUUUUUGGCAAGAGAGUUGCAAGUAGCCAAUUCAAGAGCGUUCCUCAUUCUCUUUGGUGCUGACUGGCUGCCGCCCUGUAACCCAGCUUCCACAGAUGCACCAGCAUUCCCGCAUCGUAACAGGUUGCUGUACUGUGUGCAGCUAUCUUGAGUAUGCUUGGUUUUGUUCCUAAAGCCCUAAGAUCCCUAAGAUGCCCCCAAGACACCCUGUACCUUCUAAGUCUUCAUUAAUACAGUCUUUUAUUAAAUUACCUAACUGUGGGGGAUAUAGUGUAUUUAUGGUUUAAACUAUAAAAAAGAGGCAUUUUUCUGACCGUA